AAAAAAUACAAAGUCCGCUUAAAAGGAAGCUUGCUGCAAGGUUGUCAACUCCAACUCCAUGUGCUUGCACAAUGAUAAACUACAUUAGAGAUACAAUUAUGGCGCCGUCAACACGCAGUAGCAGCAACAGCGUCAAGACCAACAACAGCAGCAGCAAACAAAGGGCCACAAAGGAAGACGGCUCUUCCUCGUCCAAGGAAAUUCCACCUGCUCCAAUGCGGGGCUACAAGAUUACUGAUAAUGAGCGGUCAAGGAAAUAUGGGAUUGGAGCCAAUUCAUUGGAAGUUCUGCUAACCAAAGCCAAUAACAAGUUUCCGCGGCAGGACCUGCACAUCUAUCUAGCCUCUGAUGGCUUUGAGGUGUCUGAUGAUGAGUAUUUGAACAGCCUGCCCGUCCAGACGUUGUUCAUUGUGGCUGGUCCAGAUGCAGUCAUAACAACAGAUGCCGACUUUGAAUUUGAGAAAAUGCGCCAGCAAUCGCCCUUGCUGAAGGUGGCAGACAUCUUCUAUGACUUUAUAGAACAGCAUCCGGAGAAGUUCCGACGCAUGAUCUCGGACUAUGAGCACCAGAAGCAGCGACUGGUCCUGGACAACAGCAAGGCCCAUCUAAGCUUGAAGGACGAGCACGUGGAAUGGUUCGAGGGCGGCGAGGAGCGCUUUCACUCCAAGGAAGAGGCCAUGGCCGUGCGUGCCCAGACACGUGUGCGCGGCUACUACUAUAAGGCCAAGGAGGAGCUGACACGCAAUCCGUUGUACAGGCAAAAUCCCAAGGCCCGGCAAGUCAUCAACUCGGUGCUGGAGCAAUUUCGCUAUCUACUCAUCGGCUGCGACUAUUUCUCAAUGAUGUUCAACAGAAAGUGCGAACAAAAACACGACUUCCUCCAGCAGCAUCGGCAGCAGACGGGUGAUGAGGAGCCCGAUGCCGGAAGUCUUCCAAGCAAGAGACUAAGGCAGCUCAUCAAGGAGUACACUAAGCAGCAUUCCAUACUCGAUGAUUGGUCUGUUUCGCUGUGCACCGAUCUGGGGGACUUCUAUUGCCAGGGCGCGUAUUCGGAUAAUGGCAACUGCUGCUCCCUGCAGCACACCAUCAAUCCGUAUGCCUCGCGCGAGAAUCUCAUUUUGUUUCAGGUGUGGAAUCUGGAUCAUCAAAUUGAACUCUCUCGCACGAUUCUGCCCGCCAUGGUAGCCAACGUCGAGGAGCUAGUCACCAAGCCGCAGCUCAAAUGUUCGUUUCACAACAAGCGUGUAGUAGACAUCUCUGUUUUAGAGUACUUUCUCGAAAUAUUCUCCCUAAAGAACCUUAAACUCGUGCACGUUGUGUGCCACGAAAAGGUGCAACGCUCAAACCGCUCAAAUGGUCGCCUGCUCUGUCCGGAUUGUCAUGAAUACCGGAUUGUGCAAGAGCUCAUGGAUUUGCAGGGAGCAAAUAAAACCACGUCUUAAAAGUUUCGAUUU